AAGAACAUGGGCAACAAGGUCUUUUCCUCCUACCACCGGCCCUCUGCCUCCACCUCCUGCUCCGGCGACCUCGCCGCCGCCGCGUCCAUGGACCGGUGGACCGGAGUCGUCCACGUUCCUCUCUCCCGAGGCGGGCCUCUCUUCCGCGUCGCUGCCUCGCUCGUCCUCUCGCCCGCCAAAACGCUCGCCGUUCCACGCGCCAACGCGAUCCUCUUCACGGGCGACCGCGUCCGCGGCACCGGCGACCCGGUGAUCGAGCGGCUCUCGGACGCCGCCCACAUCGCCGGUGUUCUCGCUGGGAAGCUCUGUGGGGAGACCAACGCGUGGGUGGUCGACGCUGCAUGCUUCGCGGGGCCAUUUGCGGUGUACCGAGAACUUGUCCCGUCCGUGGACGCCGCUGGGGAUCCCAAGGGAGAGGACCCCACUGGCUUCCCGGCCGCUGCCGGCGUUGCCAACAUCCUUUCGCACAGUGUUGCUGAGCAGAUACAAAAUAAGUUCCUGGGGUGCUCAUCAAAGGACUCUACUAUCAAUCAGCAUCCUGCAGCAUCAUUGUCAUCCUACUGUCCUCCUAGGACUAUCAUCCUGGGAUUCAGCAAGGGUGGAGUUGUUGCCAACCAGCUUGUGACAGAACUUUCUUGUUGGGCAUCGGAAUCAAUGAAAAACUUCGUUGAUGUUUCACAACCGAACCCAUCUCAUUCAUCCCUUAAUCUCUUGGUUCCUACUUCAGCUAGUGAUGUGUUAUCAAGUAUUUCUGAAUUCCAUUAUGUGGAUGUUGGCCUGAAUUGUGCUGGAGCGUACAUUACUGACCAAGCAGUGAUCAAGAAGAUAGGUGAUUAUGUUUUGCAUACUGGUCAGAAACUCCGAUUUGUUCUUCAUGGUACUCCGAGGCAGUGGUCUGAUCCAAACCGGUCAUGGAUUCGGAAGGAGAAAGACAUAAUGUUGCAGCUGCUUCGAGAUGAGGCUAAGAGGUGUCAUGCGAGACUGUUGUUAUCUGAAAAAAUGUACUUUGAGGGUAGACCUCGCAGUCUGCUAAUGCAUUUUGAGAUCUUGGAAAUAAUGGAUAUAAGCUGAUAUUUGAUCCGUA